ACCAAGCCAAGAUGAUUCUGGCGAAAUCUCCGAUAAGCCGGAAACAAAGGCGACACCUCAGCCUCCGGGACGGCCGGAAAGUUCCGAGAGUCAGUUUUGUAGAGCCACGACCACGACACGUCUGCACCAUCCGUGGCCCGAACCCGGAGCCGAUCCUGCGCAAGUACUGGAGGCACGUCCUGGCUUACGUGUUCUUAUGGUACGCCGUAAUUGCCGUGACGGCGAUCGCCCACAAAACGAUCUGCUGGGCUCCCUCUCCAUGCUACUUGCCAACGUGCAGCGAAGUCCACCCCAGGCUCAGCAACAUGAGCAGCCCAGGAGGAGGAGAAUGGAGCAUUGGCCAUUAUGGACUGAAGGCCAUGGAGAACGUUGAAAAGCUGGAUUUGCCGUAUUGGAAGCCUGCUGAAAGUCCGAAAAUCCAGCGUAAGCACACAACCCUGGGCUCCGCUUCUUGAAGGCUAUCGGGAAGCUCCCAUGACUGCCUGCAUGCUGAAUGAAGCGCGCAACAGGUCAUCGGAUGCGGCAGGAGACCAUACCCAGAAUGGUGGCAUCAAACUUCAUCGCUCCCACCUCUCUCUUACCCUGCGAGCAAUAAAGGUGUUUUGUAUUGCGUGUUUCAA